AUGAUCUCAUUUGAUGAUCUCUUAGAGCAGAAAAUAUAGACUGGUACCCAUCAGUUUAAAACCUUGGGUAUCAUUGGCUUGGUCGAAUUUUGUGAUGGCAUUGAAUAUGCAUACAUGUCAAUUUUGAUAGCAAUAGUCUAAAAAGAAUGGGAUUUGAAUAAAUAACAAACAGCUUCAUUGGGAUCAAUAUUUUUGUUAGGCAUAGUAAUAGGAAACUGUUUAUGUGCAUUUAUUGCCGAUUUAAUAGGACGAAAAACUACAUUUACAAUUUUCACCGGAUUAUCAGUUGUUUUGAUAUUACACAAACUAUUUUUUGGAGUUGUUUUUGGAACUAGUUAUCCUUUGGGGUAUGUUUUCAUCACUGAAGUUUCUGAACCUAAAUAUAGAGGAAGAUUUGCAUAUACUAUGGGGUUAUUAUUUGUAAUAGGCAAGAUUUAUUUGGCUAUUCUAUGUUUCUUUUAUCUUGAAGAUUAUACAUCUGGAAAUUGGAGAGGUUUGAUAAGAGUGAAUGGAAUUCCAGUGGCAUUAACAUUCUUAUUUUCUUUAUUGUUUCUUAAGGAAACUGUCAGAUAUUAUCUCAAUAGAGGAAAAUAUUAGAUCGCAUAUUAAGAAAUUGAAAAGAUACUUAAAGAGAACACUGGAAUUGAAGAAACCUUAACAGAGGAAGAGAAAAAUGGAUUAGUGAUAUGGCAAGAAAAGCAGAAUAAACUCAAUUUAGAAUAAUAAAUAAACAAAUAUGGAAUAUUAUCAAAAGAAUAUAGAUUUAUCACCAUAAAAAUUUGGAUCCUCUAUAUUUUAACCAAUAUGCAAAAUAUGAGUAUUUAUUUACUAAUGCCUUUUCUAUUUACAGAAAAUAAUUCAGGUUUAAGCUCAAUGUUGUAUAUGUUUAUUGUUGAGCUAAUUUUUGCUAUAUCAUUAUACUAUUUCAUAGAUGACCCUUAUAUAGGAGGGAGAAAGAAAGUUAUUGGUUAUUCAGCCAUCUUACUUAUUAUAGCAAAUUCCCUUCUAUAUAUUCUCAGAUAACGGUUCUUAUUUAUAGGGUUGCUCUUAAUCAAGCUUGCUACGAGAGCCCUAUACUCAACUCUUGGAUUGGUAUGCUGUGAGAGCUAUCCUUUAUCAUUAAGGUCACAAGGCACGGCAAUCGCAUAUGGAAUAGGUAAAUCUUCUGCCAUUCCAUCUCCAUUUUUUUUAUUUCCAUUAUUUUACAUAGAUCCCUAUCUACCAUUUGCUUUGAUGUGUCUCUUCUCUAUAAUUAUGUUGAUCGUAGAUUGCUUUAUUGAGAACGAUAAAACAAUGAAGCCAUUGGAAUCUUUGAAGUAGGAUUGA